CACGCGAGCAGUGCGGAGGGUGGUAACGCGUUUAUUGUUGUGUCGGGUGAGGCGUACGAAAACAACAGAGCACCCCUCCCCGGCGGACGACGGUGUAAAACGGGCUGCCAGCGGUGAGGCUGCAGAGCAGGCCGCUCGUCCAGCAUGCAACCACCACCGAGAAAAGGAAAUUACGCAAAAUUUCUGAAGAAUGUGCACGCGGAGCAGGCGGCAAAGUUGCAAGCGAAAAAUCAGCACGAGUGCGACCUUCUGGAGGACAUUCGCAACUUUACAAUCAAAAAAUCUGCGAUCGAAAAAUCCUAUUCCGAGGCGCUCCUCAAAAUAUCUUCUGCCUACUUGAAUAAAAAAAUACCUAAUAUUCCGGACCUCAAAGUCGAUGGCGGAGGAGAAAAAUGGAACAUGUGGAAUGUUUGGCGAACCGUGCUGGAGGAAAAUGAAAAGCUCGCUAGAGCGCGGUUAGCAGCGGUGGAGGUCUUUCAACAGCAAAUCGCCGACGAUGCAAAGAGUUUAAAGUUUCACAAACUUCAAAUUUCUAAGAAGGCAAUCGACCAAUUAAUGAUAGUACAAAAAGAAUUGCAAACGUGCGUGCAGGACGUAGACAAAACCAAGAAAUUAUACUUCGACGAAGAGCAUAGCGCACACGAUGUACGAGAUAAGGCAAAGGAUAUCGAGGAAAAGCUAAAGAAGAAGAAAGGAUCCUUUUUUCAAUCGAUAACGUCGCUGCAAAAAAACAGCGCUAAGGUAAGCUCGAAACGCGACGCUUUGGAAGAGAAAUCAACCGGUGCUCGAAACGAUUAUUUACUCAGUCUCGCCGCUGCGAAUGCCCAUCAAAAUAGAUAUUUUGUAGUCGAUUUACAAAACACCAUGCAGUAUUUGGAACAAGGAGUUUACGAUAAGGUGACAGAAUAUUUAACACUGAUGGGUCGUACAGAAUUGCUGACCUGUUUGGCAACACAAAACAGCUUUACCAAAAUUCGCGACCAAGCGCAACAACUCACCAGAGAUUACAAUAUACAAUGUUGCUGUUUGUAUUACCCUGUCUUGAAGCAACAUAUACAAUACGAUUUUGAACCUUGCGACCACGAUCCAGUGGACAGGAUAACGGCCGAUCAUGCCGCCGCAGCCACGCUCGGGAAGGAAGCUCGUCGCUGGUCGACGAGAAUAGCGCGCGAAAUAAGCAGCGUCCGAGAGAAUAAUAGGAAACUGCAGGUUCUUGUGCAGCUCAAGGAGUCUGGACAAAAGACUGAUCCGAACGAUCCGCAAGGGCCAGAUUUAGACACGAAAAUCGACGAACUGAAGCACGCGAUACGACGGGCGGAAACAGCAAAACUAAAGGCAGAAUCAAGAAUAGAAUGCCUUCGAAACGGCGGAGUGAAUGUCGACGAAUGGCUCCAAGAGGUUGAAACACUGAGCGUGCACGAAAUGAUGCGUUCGGCCAGCUCCCUGUCCGUCAGAACCGAUGCGUCUGGAACAGCGGAACAUCCAUCCUCGGAUUCGUUCUACGACAGCGACGGCGAUGGCGGAAGCGAUCUGACGACCGUCGAGCGACCAGGUAGCGCGCGAAACACUCCUCAACAAGAAGAGGAAGCAACCGAGGAAAGACAAAGGCACGACAGCGAAGAAGUCGAUGCUUUGGUGGAACAAGAGAAACAGCGAAUAGAACAGCUUACCGUCGGUUGGGACGAUCCGACAGCGGUGGAUUGGGACAACGAGGAAAAAGAUGAACAAGCCGAGGUCCACGAAACUACCGAGCAACCCUCUACGCAGCAGCCUAUAUAUAAAGGCACAGCGCUCUAUUCGUACACGGCACAAAAUCCAGAUGAAUUGUCGAUCGUCGAGAGCGAGCAGCUCGAAGUUGUCGGCGAAGGCGAUGGUGACGGUUGGCUCCGUGCACGGAAUUACCGUGGCGAGGAAGGUUUCGUUCCUCAAAAUUAUCUCGACGUCGAGGGAGAACCUGAAAUGAUAUCAGGUCUCACUUCUCAAGGUCCAGGGCUCGUGCAACAAAUAUCUUUUACCUCCAUGGAUUAUACGAUCGAUGAUCACGACGCGGUAGAUCCUGACGCUAAUCUACAACAACCUGCUCCAGACGCUAUUGUACAGAAUCACAUAGGAGAAACAGAACUAUAUUGCAUUGCGCUUUAUGAUUACGACGCCACGUGCGAGGGAGAGCUCAGCUUCUUCGAAGGUGAUAUCGUGAAAGUUCUGAAGAAAGAACCACACGACGUCGAUGACGGCUGGUGGGAGGGUGAAUUACGCGAUCAACGAGGAUUAUUCCCUUCUUUGAUCGUGGAGCCGUGCGCUGCCGAUGGUUCACCUUUGACCCCACAGGAAAACAUGACGCCACCAAGCUCUGCGCCACCCGUAUUUACACCUCCCGAGGUUCCAGAAUUCUUGUUGGAAGAAGAACUGGCGCAAAGUCUAAUGAAUGAAACGCAAGAUGAAAAACCUAGUAACAUAAAUGCUGAACAACAACAACAACAAGAUGGAUUUAUAAUAAAUCUCUCCAAGGACCAAAGAAGUCACUACGGCUCGCAGUUCGAAGGAGAUGAAGAGCCCGAAGGACCCGGUAUAGUGGUUGUAGAAGUGUCGGAUGAAUCGGGAACCAAGGCAGAUGAUGAAAAAUCAAAACAGUCGCAAUCCUUAAACAGCAACCAGUCUAACGAUGAUUUCGGACUCGGUGUUGCCCAAAUAGUGAUCACCGCGGCGACGCCGAUGGAAGAUAUCGAGCAUCCGUUUCCGGGAUUAGAGGAGGCCACCGAUGACCCGGUGAAAUCCACGGAAAGCUCCGAGGGUGAUUUGCCGUCGAGCGCGACCACUACCGAUAUGAACGAAAGCGAUUGCAAAGAGGCAACGGUAAUAAUGGAUGAAAAGGAAGAGCAAGAAGUGACGGAAGCGGCGGAAGACAUCGAAGAGAAAUCAACGGUCGAUGAUCUGCCAGCGGAUUCGGCGCCAUUCCCAGUUAGUAGCAGUUCCGGUAGCGAGGCGGAUUCAACGUCCGGGCCGAGUACAGGAGAUAAUUCUCAAUCGAUACCGUCUCGCGGUACCGUAGUAGAGGUACAGGAAACGGAAACAGAGGACAUCGAGAUUGUUCCCGAAAAGAUGAUGGUCGUAGGAGGAAGGGCAAGUAUUCCAGAUGAAUUACAACCCGACCAGCUAGAGAAGCUACAAAAUCUGAAAGAAUCGAAUGCCUAGGAUUGACUAGACCUCGGAGAUCCCGAUUAUCCUGCCUUAACAAAUAAACUGGCUCUUCCGAAAAAUCAUCAAAAUAAGUUUCAGCAUCUGCUGGAAUUCUGGAAAUCUCCGGAAGUUAUUGGGAAGAAAGACUAACGGGAAUCGAAUAACGGGACAACUGGGCAAAUUUUUAUGUUAAUACUAUGUACACAACCUUUUUGCUAGACGAUACUCUAGUAAACUAACUAUUUAAAAGAAGGGUGUUGCGACUUUUGCAACGUAUUUACAAGACGUUAAUGUACAGAGUCAUAAGGACACAAUACACUGCAACCAAAAAUAUACUACAAAACAUGUGCAUCCGCUGACAAUCGUAAUUAAUUUUAAAUGGACAUAUAAUUAGGUACACGAUAGCAAAUUUACAAAAUAGCAUGAUCUUGUGCAUAAACACGUACGACCACAUGCAGUAACAAACCAAAGAACCGCUACAUAUAUCUCUUAUAUUUUGCGAGUUAAUAUUUAUAAUUAAAAUUUUACUCUGCCUGCUAGAAAAGAGAGAAAAAAAAAGAAUCACGGAAC